AUGGCUGACGUUUCCCCACAACCUCCGGCCGCAACUCCUAACGAUUAUAUCGAGUCUCUCUCUGCAGAGCAGAUCGAACACGAUCAGAGAAUUGGUAUCAAAGCUAUUCGGUUAUUUUUGCAGAGCAAGACGUCCUACGAUGUGUUGCCCGUUUCGUACCGUUUGAUUGUCUUGGACACGUCCUUGUUGGUUAAAAAAUCCUUGAACAUCUUGCUACAAAACAAUAUUGUCAGUGCUCCUUUGUGGAGUAACAAGACGUCCCGUUUCGCUGGUUUAUUGACCCUGAGCGACUUCAUCAACGUUAUUCAGUACUACUUCCAGUUUCCCGAGAAGUUUGAGUUAGUCGACCAGUUGACCCUCGAUGGGUUGCGUGAUAUAGAGAAGGACAUUGGUGUGGCUCCCAUCGAGACCGUCUACAUUCACCCUUUCAAGUCCUUGUAUGAGGCAUGUGUGAAGAUGUUGGAAUCCAAGGCUAGAAGAAUUCCCUUGAUCGACGAGGACGAAAAGACUCAUCGUGAGAUUGUGGUGUCUGUGUUGACCCAGUACAGAAUCUUGAAGUUCGUGGCGUUGAACUGCAAGGAAACCAAGAUGUUGUUGAAGCCUCUCCGUGACAUUUCCAACUUGAGCCAGCCCAAGGAUAUCAGCACCUGUACCAUGAACACCCCUGUGAUUGAGGUGAUUCACCUCUUGUCGCACAAUUCUGUUUCUUCGAUUCCCAUCGUCGACGAGCACGACAAAUUGAUCAAUGUCUACGAAGCCGUUGACGUUUUGGCACUUGUCAAGGCGGGCAUGUACACAGAUUUGGACUUGAGCGUGGGCGAGGCCUUGCUUCGGAGACCAGAGGACUUCGAAGGUGUCCACACGUGUACCCAAAACGACAGACUCAGUACCAUCAUGGACACCAUCCGCAAGCUGAGACUUCAUAGAUUGUUUGUUGUGGACGACGACUGCAAGGUGGUCAGUGUGAUUACGUUGAGCGAUAUCUUGGACUAUUUGCUCUUCGGAGAGGAUUAG